GUACAUAGUGAUUUUGCUGCUGCUGCUACUCGUGGUGCAAUGGCUGUAAUUGAUGGAAACGUUAUGGCCAUAAACCCAGGAGAAGAAACACGAAUGCAGAUGUUUAUUUGGAACAACAUAUUUUUUAGCCUGGGUUUUGAUGUUCGAGACCAUUAUCGGGAACUAGGAGGUGAUGCUGCUGCCCAUGCAGCACCAACCAAUGACUUAAAUGGGGUUCGGGCAUAUGGGGCUGUGGAUGUGGAAGGCUUGUAUACGCUGGGGACAGUGGUAGUAGAUUAUAGAGGAUACCGUGUUACUGCCCAGUCAAUUAUCCCGGGCAUUCUGGAGCGUGAGCAGGAGCAGAGUGUUAUCUAUGGCUCAAUUGACUUUGGAAAGACUGUUGUGUCUCACAACAAAUAUCUGGAGCUUCUGGACAAGACGAGCCGGCCUCUUAAGGUCCAAAAGCACAGUGUACUGAAUGAGAAGAACCAAACGGUGGCGCUGUGCUCUUCUGUGGAGUGCAAAGGCAUUAUUGGAAAUGAUGGCCGUCAUUAUAUUCUUGACUUGCUUCGUACUUUUCCUCCUGAUCUAAACUUCCUGCCUGUGGAGGGGGUGGAGCUCCCUGUUGAAUGUCAGCGCCAAGGUUUCCCCCGCCUACACAGACACCGCCUGGCUUGUUUACGCCAGGAGUUAAUUGAGGCCUUUGUUGAACACAGAUAUCUUCUAUUUAUGAAAAUGGCUGCAUUGCAGCUCAUGCAACAGAAAGCUAAUAGAGACACCAAAACUGAUGUUGCUAUUACAGAAGGCUCUGAGACUAUCUCGAACAAAAUGGACCUAACUCCAACAUUGAAUGCUGAUUCCAGUUCUCCAACAGUCUCCACAGACAUCAAUACUUCUGCUGAUUCAUCAAACAUAAGUGAAGGCAAAGACUCAAGCCCCACCACUAAUGGUCCUCUAGACACUGCCACAGCUACCCAGAAUGGAGCAUGCAAGAACCCACUGGAGGGUAAGGAGCUCGAAGAUAGUAUUCCAGGAUUAGCUCAGGCCAAAGAGCUUGCGGAGACCUUAGUAACCGAAGAUGGAACUGGCAUUGACCCCAAAAGCAGAGAGGUUGUCCUGAAUGCAUGCAAAGCGGUCGGCUCCAUCAGCAAUACAUCCUUUGAUAUACGCUUCAACCCUGAUAUUUUCUCUCCAGGAGUGAGAUUUCCAGAAGACAGCGCCGAUGACAUCCAAAAACAAAAGCAGCUCCUAAAAGACGCUGCUGCAUUCCUCCUGUCUUGUCAGAUCCCCUCACUGGUCAAAGACUGUUUGGACCACAGUGCUCUGCCAAUGGAUGGAGCCACAUUGACUGAGGCUCUGCACCAGCGAGGUAUUAAUGUUCGGUACUUGGGAACUGUUCUGGAUUUCAUUGACAAGACUCCUGCCAAAGCACAGCUGGAACAUGUCUAUAGAAUAGGAAUAAGUGAGCUUAUCACCAGAUGUGCAAAACAUAUCUUCAAGACAUACCUUCAGGGUGUGGAGUUGUCCGCUCUCUCUGCGGCUGUGAGCCACUUCCUAAAUUGCUUCUUGAGCUCUUUUCCUGAUGCAGUGGCCCACUUGCCUCCUGAUGAACUAGUCUCACGUCGCAAAAGUCGCAAACGCCGGAACAGAGUCCCUGGUAGUGGGGACAACACUGCAUGGGCCAGUCUGACUCCCAGCGAGCUAUGGAAAAACAUAAUUUCUGAGGCACAAUCUUACUAUCAGUUUACUAUAGACUGUGAAAGUGUUGACCAAGUUGUGGAGAAAUAUGGUCUCCAGAAAGUCACUCUUCUCAGAGAGAUUUCAAUAAAAACGGGAAUUCAGAUCCUAAUAAAAGAGUACAACUUUGACAGCCGCCACAAGCCAGCCUUUACAGAGGAGGACAUCUUGAACAUCUUUCCUGUUGUGAAACAUGUGAACCCCAAAGCCUCAGAUGCCUUUCACUUUUUUCAGAGCGGUCAGGCCAAAGUACAGCAAGGAUUUCUGAAGGAGGGCAGUGAGCUCAUCAAUGAGGCUCUCAACCUUUUCAACAAUGUUUACGGAGCCAUGCAUGUUGAGAUUUGUGCCUGUCUACGUCUCUUGGCACGCCUUAAUUACAUUAUGGGGGACCACGCAGAGGCUCUUAGUAACCAGCAAAAAGCUGUUCUGAUGAGCGAAAGAGUGCUGGGCAUUGAGCACCCCAACACCAUUCAAGAAUAUAUGCACUUGGCUCUCUAUUGCUUUGCCAAUGGACAGCUGUCAACUGCCCUGAAGUUGCUUUACCGCGCUCGUUAUCUCAUGCUGUUGGUCUGCGGAGAGGACCACCCAGAAAUGGCUCUUCUUGAUAGUAACAUUGGGCUGGUACUGCAUGGAGUAAUGGAGUAUGAUUUAUCGCUGCGCUUCCUUGAAAAUGCCUUAACCAUCAAUACAAAAUAUCAUGGAUCUCGAUCGUUGAAAGUGGCUCUUAGUCAUCAUUUGGUGGCCAGAGUCUAUGAAAGCAAAGCAGAAUUUCGUUCUGCACUUCAACAUGAAAAGGAAGGUUAUACAAUCUACAAGAACCAGAUGGGUGAGGUGCAUGAAAAAACAAAGGAAAGCUCAGAGUAUCUGAAGUACCUUACGCAACAAGCUGUAGCACUUCAGAGAACAAUGAAUGAAAUCUACAAGAAUGGCUCCAAUGCCAGCAUCAUGCCAGUAAAGUUUACUGCCCCCAGCAUGGCCAGUGUCUUGGAACAGCUCAAUAUUAUUAAUGGGAUAAUAUUUAUACCUCUCAGUCAAAAAGAUCUAGAGAACCUGAAGGCUGAGGUGCAGAGACGACAGCAGCUGCAAGAGCUGGGAAAGCCAGAGGAGAACUUAGAAGAUGCUCCGCUGGAACUGGAGGACAAAAUUCCUAUUGAUUAACAUUUAACAGGCAAACGCAAUAACACAAUGGUCAAGUCAUUUAGCCUGUGGCAUCACAAACUUUGACGCUUCAAUCAACUUGAAAUAGUAUGGGAGGGGUGACACACAAAUUGUGUGUUUUAUAGGCCUUUUAAAUGUAUUUCCUAUGUUUUAGGAAAUGGUGAGAGGAAUACAAACAUGUCAGAUCAAUGUUAACAUGCAAUGCAGAUAUACCUGGUCCAUGAUGACUAGGUGUGAAUGAAUAAGUAUGCAGCCAAGCAAGAGAGACCAAGAUGACCAUGACAUUGUAGGCCAGGGCCUUAUUAAAUGUAUCCUACUUACUCGUCCUGCUUCAGAUUUGCACAGUACUAUUAGUCCAAAUCUCAUUUUACCAUGCAGUUCUCAAACACCGUAAUCUUUGGACAUGUAGUCGUUUGCCUGCCAUGUUUUGCUGGUACGGCACAAAUCCUCUCCUCGAACUCAGGAGCCAUUUUUACUGUGCACUAAGAGCAACAACAUUGUUUAAGCCAACAAUGCAUUGUUCAAAGGUUUUAAGAUUGUAAGGAUUUCCACUACAGCAGUUUUUUAAAACAUCUGUAGUGGUUCAUUUUUCUCAGUUGUUUCUUGAUGAAGGUGCCCACAGUCACUCAUAAUUGUCAAUACAAGCUGAGCUAUAGUGUGAGAGUGAAACUUCAUUUUGUAACAGUGUGUAGGAAAUGGUACUUAGGGCCUGAUCAUUUAUUAAUUUAAGCCACGUCUAAUUUAUAGAAGCUGUAUAGAGCAGAAAGAUGUAUAAAUCUAUCAGAAAUAUAGACAGAUAUUUGAUUGUAAUGGAUUUCCAAAAAAAAUUUUAAAAAAAUGUCCAUGGUCUAAAAGCGGUAGAUUAUCUGUUUAGUAGCAGUGACCUAUUUUUACACACUGUGACAUGUUGUAUAAUUGUGUGUAAUUCUUUGUGUUGUCAAAGAGAAGAACGAUUGGCUUGGGCUGUUGCUGCUUUUGCUGCUGUGUAGUUUAUGUUGAGUCUAAAGAUCAAUAGUAUACUAUCCAGAUGUUUUAUUUUUCUAUAUAAAAGUACAUCUGUGAGAUAGUUGUUUCUUGGGGUAAAACAAUCAAUGCCUGCUGAUCUCGUAACUCAAUUAAUGUAUCAUGAAGGUACUAGACAUUGAGUGCUCAACUUGAGCAGUAGUAACUGAUUCUGUUCUAUUCGUUUUUACUUUGUCUUGUUUUUAUUUUUCAUUUUUGGGUAAUCUCUUUUUCUAUGUCAUGGACAUAAAAACUAUCUCGGAUUGUCAGUUCAUUGAGCAGUAUUCAGUGCACUUUCAUGUGCUAUUUGGUUGUGUGGUACUUAAUUGCACAACUAAAAGUAGACAAAAAGGGCUGCUCCAAUGUUCCAUUGUACCAAAAACUAAUAGAUUUAUGCUUGUAUACAUGCAAUGUGUCCCUCCCAUGUCAAACUGUUAAUUGCUGCCAUCUGUAAUGUGUGAUUAAAGCAAUAUUGUGAAAA